AUUUGUAAUCUGAAGAUGGCUUCUUAUUUUGAUGAGCAUGACUGUGAACCAACGAAUCCCGAAGAACAGUACCGUCAGAAUGCACUACUAGAACUGGCCAGGUGAGAAUCAAAGAUCUACCUGACUAACUAGCUAACAACCCAAGAAAUGGAACACAAUCCAGUCUGUAUUUUGUAUGCAAUAUCCUACAUCAACUGUCUGCCACUGAGAGACUGACAUUGCAUGUUCUUCGGCGGUUGGCAUCCAACGUUAUGGUGCAUUACCGCCACAUACUGUUACAUUGCCUGUUGACCUCUGUGUAGGUCUUUGAUGCAGGGCCUGGACAUUGACUCAGGAGCGUUUGACCUAUCGGACUGGGACCAGCGUCUUCCUCCCCCAGCUGCUAAAACAGCUGUCCAAACCUUACCUGUGGUUGUCAUAUCCCCAGAGCAAGCAGGUGAGUCCUGCAGCCCGCAUAAGCUACCCUCUAGCUAAUUACAUUUGAAAAACAUUUUGGGAUUAUAGGCUACUAUCACAUUUUUUGGGGAGCAAUACGAUGCUGUCUCAUGUGGUAGCUAAUUUCAUUUUAAUUCAUUAAAAUUGCACGCAAGACUACCUCUGCAGUCUGUAAGUAUAGUCUAUUGUCUGUGGAUGUUUCAGACUGUGUGAUUUAACUCUCUCUCUCCCCCUCAUCCAGACAAAGGGCUGAAGUGUCCUGUGUGUCUGCUGGAGUUUGAGGAGCAGGAGACAGUGCGGGAGAUGCCCUGCAAACACCUCUUUCACUCUGGUUGUAUCCUGCCCUGGUUAGGGAAGGUGAGGGCUUGGCCACUGAAUCGUCACACACACACACACAGAUCAAUUCUGCACAUGUUGGUUUGAUGGUAUGUACAAUAUGAAUGAACUAAUUACCUGAACUCAGUGCAAUAUACACUGAGUGUACAGAACAUAAAGAACAGCCCAUACAAACACAUUGAUUAAUAGAUUCACUACAUGGAACAACAGAUAGUCCCCCCCCACCCAAAAAAAAAGUUUGUUCUGAGGUGUCUGUCCUAUAUCUGAGUGGAAUAAUAAAUAUCAGGAAACAUUAUUUUUUACAUGUAUUUAACCCCUUAUUUUUGGCACUGAACAGUCUCCAUAUAUACAGUGCGUUUGGAAAGUAUUCAGACCCCUUGAUUUUUCCACAUUUUGUUACGUUACAGCCUUAUUCUAAAAUGGAAUAAGUUGUUUUUUUCCCUCAUCAAUUUACACACAAUACCCCAUAAUGACAAAGCAAAAACAGGUUUUUAGAAUUUUUUGUAAAUGUAUAUUUUUCGUUGUUGUUGAAAUAUCACAUUUACAUAAGUAUUCAGACCAUUUACUCAGUACUUUGUUGAAGCACCUUUGGUAGUGAUUACAGCCUCGAGUCUUCUUGGGUAUAACGCUACAAGCUUGGCACACCUGUUUUGUGGCAUUUCUCCCAUUCUUCUCUGCAGAUCCUCUCAACCUCUGUCAGGUUGGAUGGGGAGCGUCGCUGUACAGCUAUUUCCAGAGAUGUUAGAUCAGGUUCUAGUCCGGGCUCUGGCUGGCCACUCAAGGACAUUCAGAGACUUGUCCCAAAGCCACUCCUGCGUUGUCUUGGCUGUGUGCUUAGGGUCGUUGUCCUGUUGGAAGGUGAACCUUCCUUCGCCCCAGUCUGAGGUCCUGAGCUCUCUUGAGCAGGUUUUCAUCAAGGAUCUCUCUGUACUUUGCUCCGUUGAUCUUUCCCUCGAUCCUGACUAGUCUCCCAGUCCCUGCCGCUGAAAAACAUCCCCACAGCAUGAUGCUUUCAUCGUAGGGAUGGUGCCAGGUUUGUUCCAGAUGUGACGCUUGGCAUUCAGGCCAAAGAGUUCAAUCUUGGUUUCAUCAGACCAGAGAAUCUUGUUUCUCAUGGUCUGAGAGUCCUUUAGGUGCCUUUAGGCAAACUCCAAGUGGGCUGUCAUGUGCCUUUUACUGAGGAGUGGCUUCCGUCUGGCCACUCUACCAUAAAGGUCUGAUUGGUGGAGUGCUGCAGAGAUGGUUGUCCUUCUGGAAGGUUCUCCCUUCUCCAUAGAGGAACUCUGGAGCUCUGUCAGAGUGACCAUCGGGUUCUUGGUCACCUCCCUGACCAAGGCCCUUCUCCCCUGAUUGCUCAGUUUGGCCCGGGAGGCCAGCUCUAGGAAGAGUCUUGGUGGUUCCAAACUUCUUCCAUUUAAGAAUGAUGGAGGCCACUGUGUUCUUGGGGACCUUCAAUGCUGCACAUUUUGUGGUGCCCUUCCCCAGAUCUGUGCCUCGACACAAUCCUGUCUCGGAACUCUACGGACAAUUCCUUCAACCUCAUGGCUUGCUUUUUGCUCUGACAUGCACUGUCAACUGUGGGACCUUAUAUAGACAGGUGUGUGCCUUUCCAAAUCAUGUCCAAUCAAUUGAAUUUACCACAGGUGGUCUCCAAUCAAGUUGUAGAAACAUCUCAAGGAUGAUCAAUGGAAACAGGAUGCAACUGAGCUCAAUUUCGAGCAUCAUAGCAAAGGGUCUGAAUACUUAUGUAAAUAUGGUAUUUCUUAUUUUUGACUGUUUUCUCUUAGUCAUUAUCGGGUAUUGUGUGUAGCUUGAUGAGGAUUUUAAUAUUAAUUUAAUCCAUUUUAGAAUGGCUGUAACGUAACAAAAUGUGGAAAAAGUGAAGAGGUCUGAAUACUUUCCGAAUGCACUGUACACUAUAUGACCAAAAGUAUGUGGACACCUGCAUACUUUUGGUCAUGAAGUGUACACAUAUUUUUGGUCAUGUAGUCUACUAAGCUAUAUGGAAUUGUUUUAACAAGGUCAUACCAAGGAUCAUUUUGCCAUUUGAUUUAGAAUUUUAUGACCCCUUGAAGUAUCAAAGAAUAUACAGUACCAGUCAAAAGUUUGGACACACCUACUCAUUCAAGGGUUUUUCUUUAUUUUUACUAUUUUCUACAUUAUAGAAUAAUAGUGAAGACAUCAAAACUAUGAAAUAACACAUGGAAUCAUGUAGUAACCAAAAAAGUGUUAAACAAAUCAAAAUAUAUUUUAGAUUUUAGAUUCUUCAAAGUAGCCACCCUUUGCCUUGGUGACAGCUUUGCACACUCUUGUAUUCAACCCCUUAUUUUUGUCACAGUCGCCAUAUAUACACUACAUGACCAAAAGUAUGUGGACACCAUAUCGUCAAACAUCUCAUUCCAAAAUCAUGGGCAUUAAUGUGGAGUUGGUUCCCCCCUUUCCUGUUAUAACAGCCUCCACUCUUUUGGGAAGGCUUUCCACUAGAUGUGGGGACUUGCUUCCAUUCAGCCACAAUAGCAUUAGUGAGAUUGGGCACUGAUGGUGGGCGAUAAGGCCUGGCUUGCAGUCAGCGUUCCAAUUCAUCCCAAAGGUGUUUGAUGCGGUUGAGGUCAGGGCUCUGCAGGCCAGUCAAGUUCUUCCACACCGAUCUCGACAAACCAUUUCUGUAUGGACUUCGCUUUGUGCAUGGGGGCAUUGUCAUGCUGAAACAGGAAAGGGCCUUCCCCAAACUGUUGCCACAAAGUUGGAAGCACAGAAUCGUCUAGAAUGUAAUUGUAUGCUGUAGCGUUAAGAUUUCCCUUCACUGGAACUAAGGGGCCCAAGCCGAACCAUGAAAAACAGCCCCAGACCAUUAUUCCUCCUCCACCAAACUUUACAGUUGGCACUAUGCAUUCGGGCAGGUAGUGUUCCCCUGGUAUCCGCCAAACCCAGAUUUGUCCAUCGGACUGCCAGAUGGUGAAGCGUUAUUCAUCACUCCAGAGAAUGCGUUUCCACUGCUCCAGAGUCCAAUGGCGGCGAGCUUUACAUCACUCCAGCCGACGCAUGGUGAUCUUAGACUUGUGUGCUGCUGCUCGGCUAUGGAAACCCAUUUCAUGAAGCUCCCGACUAACAGUUCUUGUGCUGACGUUGCUUCCAGAGGCAGUUUGGAACUCAGUAGUGAGUGUUGCAACCGAGGACAGACGAUUUUUACGCGCUACGCCCUUCAGCACUAGGCAGUCCUGUUCUGUGUGCUUGUGUGGCCUACCACUUCACGGCUGUGCCGUUGUUGCUCCUACAUGUUUCCACUUCACAAUAACAGCACUUACAGUUGACCGGGGCAGCUCUAGCAGGGCAGAAAUUUUACUGUGUGCUCGAUAUUAUACACCUGUCAGCAACGAGUCUUGUGUGGGCAUCCUAGUACAAAACAACUGACAUGUUCGUACGAGUCUCACCUUUCCACAGAGAGGUCAUAUUAGUGUUUAGCCAAAACUGUUCAGACGCUACAGACAGAAGUUGGCAGAUCGGCUAUACCAACUUCAGACGAGUUCCAAGACGCUUGUGGGGGUCAUAGAGCAAAACGGAGAACACCCUCGUCUUCGUGAGAGUCUCAUCUUUCCGUAGCGUGGUCAUAAUAGUUUGCCAAACCGUUCGGACGCUACAGAGGAUUUUGUGAGAAGACCGAUUUUCGGGAUGUCUCAUGGUCUGACAAACACUGCCCCAGCUCUUUCACCGCAGAUGCGCAAGUGCGACAUAGGCGGAUGUUGUGGAUUGAGACGCAUCCAAUGCAACAAAAAAAACAUAUCUCUAGCUUAAACUGGCAGAUUUUUAUGGGGAUUGUUUUAUUAUGCUAAUUUAGAUUUCCAUGCGGGCGCGGACAUCGACCUUAGGGAUAAUAGCUUUCACCUGGAUAGUCUGUCAUGGAAAGAGUUCAUAAUGAUUUGUACACUCAGGGUAUAACAUUUACAUUUUAGUCAUUUAGCAGACACUCUUAUCCAGAGCGACUUACAGGAGCAAUUGGGGUUAAGUGCCUUGCUCAAGGGCACAUCAAUAGAUGUUUCACCUAGUCAACUUGGAGAUUCGAACCAGCGACCUUUCGGUUACGCUCUUAACCACUAGGCUAUAACCCUUGAUGAAUUCCUCUAACCCUUGCUGUCUAUCAUCACAGACAAAUUCUUGCCCGCUAUGCCGCCUCGAGCUACCAACCGACAAUCCAGAGUAUGAAGAGUUCAAGAAGGACAAGGUGGGUGUGGAACUAGGGCAUCAGCGAUAAUAAUCCACAGUCAUUAUCCUGUGAAAUGGGAAAUCAAAUUCAAAGUGCUUUUCCCUUUUAGAGUUGAAACUUGCGUCCCAAAUGGCACCCUAUUAACUAUGUAGUGCCCUAUGGGCCCUGGUCAAAACCAAAGUAGUGAUCUGUAUAGUGAAUAGGGUGCCAUUUGGGACACAGAAAUGGUCAGCGUCAACCCGUUACUAAAUGGAGCAUUUCUGUCUGUUACAGGACAGGAGAAAACAGAGGGAACACAGACUGGAAGAUCUGCAUGGAGCCAUGUACACAUAACGGCUCAGAGCACACUGCAUAUUUCACAUUUCUAGCAUUGGGUCGCAAUAGAAUUAAGAAUUGACAAAAGCUGCAAAUAAUAUUGUGUAGCUAUUAUGUUUUAUCGUAUGUACUGUAAAUAUGUCCGUUUUAAAUACAGUCAAUUGUACAAAGACCUGUUGUGAUACAGAUUCAAAAUAUGGAUGAUCAUUAUACAAUGAAAUGAAUACUGAGACAGUUGAGUCCGUUUGAACUCUCUCUACAUUCCCUGCCUUAACACAUCAUAGCAUUUCUUCCUUUUCUUUUUCCCCAAGAUGCAAUACAUUGACCAAAACAGAUGA